AGUGAGAGAGAGCUAUUAGUUCUUCCUCCUCAAUCAUCUAUCUCCAUUCUAAAUACAGAAAAAAUCAAUGUCUAGUUCUAAUAAAAAAUCGAGUGCAUCAUCGUAUUCGAAGUACGAGGUAAGGCAAAGAAACCCAAAUCCUAAAUCAUGUGUACUGUUGGUCAUCGAUAUGCAGAAUUACUUCUCUUCCAUGUCUGCCCCUAUUCUUGACAACAUCAACACCACUAUCACUCUCUGUAGACGCGCUUCUAUCCCCGUCAUAUUCACGCGUCACUCUCAUAACUCAUCUUCUUCUGAUCACGGUAUGCUUCAGGAGUGGUGGUUUGGGGAUCUCAUCAUUGACGGUACGGUAGAGGCGGAGCUUAUGACGGCGUUGGACCGUAAAGGUGAGGAUAUGGUGGUGGAGAAGAGUACAUACAGCGCAUUUAGGAACACAGGUUUGGAAGAGAAGCUGGUAGAGAUGGGUGUGGAAGAGGUUAUAGUGACUGGUGUAAUGACUAACUUGUGCUGCGAGACGACAGCGCGGGAGGCCUUUAUUAGAGGAUUCAGGGUGUUCUUCUCCACUGAUGCCACUGCUACAUCUGAUAUAGAUCUUCAUGAGGCUACUUUGAAAAACAUGGCUUAUGGUUUUGCUUACUUUGUUGAUUGUCACAAGCUCAAACAAGCCCUUACCCCUAAAUCAAAUGAAAAUUAAACCUUGUUACUAAAUUCUAGUGUGAAACUAGUGUUUUGUUGUUACAGAAUUUAUGUAGUACUAUAUGACUUACUUGUUAGGUGUGGGCAUGUAAAUGUUAUCAAUAAUAAUAUUGUGUGAUUAUA